GGUGCACUGCAGUGUGUAAGAGGUAAUUGCAAUUUGCAAGCAAGCAGCUGUUUGGACAUUGGACAAGUAUUGGUUCUGUUAAAGAUAACGAAUAACGAAGUGGAACAUUCUUCCUCUAUCUCCAUUACUACCCGCCAUGGUCACACUUACCCUCUUCAACGACCUCCCAUUCCCACCCACUCAAACCCUUCUCCGCCCCUCUCUACAUUCUCCAUUUCAUUUCUCCUCGCCAAUUCCAAUAUCUAAAUUCCUUCGCAAUCACCAUAACCCUAUUCUCCGCCUCCGCUGCUCAAUUGCAGAGGAAUCUACCGCGUCUCCGACCAAAACCGCCUCAAAUUCCGGUUCCGUCGCCAGAGGCCAUUCACCUGUUGAUUGUGUUGUCGUAGGCGGUGGUAUCAGUGGCCUCUGCAUCGUCCAGGCUCUUUCCACCAAGCACGCCAAUGUUGCUCCCAACGUUAUCGUCACCGAGGCUCGAGAUAGAGUUGGCGGCAAUAUCAUCACCGUUGAGAGGGAUGGUUACCUCUGGGAAGAAGGUCCUAACAGUUUUCAGCCAUCUGAUCCUAUGCUCACCAUGGUGGUAGACAGUGGUUUGAAGGAUGAACUUGUUCUGGGAGAUCCUGAUGCGCCUAGAUUUGUGUUGUGGAAUGGGAAAUUGAGACCGGUGCCGGGAAAGCCGGCUGAUUUGCCUUUCUUUGACUUAAUGAGCAUAGGUGGCAAGCUCAGAGCUGGCUUUGGAGCACUUGGAAUUCGCCCUCCUCCUCCAGGUUAUGAGGAAUCAGUUGAAGAAUUCGUGCGUCGUAAUCUUGGUGAUGAGGUUUUUGAACGCUUGAUAGAGCCCUUUUGUUCAGGUGUCUAUGCUGGUGAUCCUUCAAAAUUAAGUAUGAAAGCAGCAUUCGGGAAAGUGUGGAGACUGGAACAAAAUGGUGGUAGCAUUAUUGGUGGGUCUUUCAAAGCAUUACAAGAGAAAAAUGGAGCUACUAAACCACCUCGUGACCCGCGUCUGCCAAAACCAAAGGGUCAAACUGUUGGGUCUUUCAGGAAGGGACUUACCAUGUUGCCAGAAGCAAUUUCUGCUAGGUUAGGUAGCAAGGUGAAAUUAUCUUGGAAGCUUUUAAGUGUUAGUAAACUGGAUAGUGGAGAGUACAGUUUGACAUAUGAAACCCCAGAAGGAGUCGUUUCUUUGCAGAGCAAGACUGUUGUCAUGACCAUUCCUUCCCAUGUUGCUAGUACAUUGCUGCGUCCUCUGGCUCCUACUGCCGCAGAUGCACUUUCAAAGUUUUAUUACCCUCCGGUUGCUGCAGUUUCCAUUUCCUAUCCAAAAGAAGCCAUUAGAUCAGAAUGCUUGAUAGAUGGCGAGUUGAAGGGGUUUGGUCAAUUGCAUCCACGUUCCCAAGGAGUGCAAACAUUAGGAACUAUAUACAGCUCUUCACUUUUCCCUAACCGAGCACCACCUGGAAGGGUUCUGCUCUUGAAUUAUAUUGGAGGGGCUACCAAUCCUGGAAUUUUAUCAAAGACGGAGAGUGAACUUGUUGAAGCAGUUGAUCGAGAUUUGAGAAAUAUUCUCAUAAACCCAAAUGCUCCGGAUCCGCUUUUUUUGGGGGUGAGACUGUGGCCUCAAGCUAUUCCACAGUUCUUAAUUGGACAUCUUGAUCUCCUAGAUGCUGCUAAAGUGUCUCUAAAAAGUACUGGGUUUGAGGGGUUGUUCCUUGGGGGCAACUAUGUGACUGGUGUUGCCUUGGGACGGUGUGUCGAGGGAGCCUAUGAGGUAGCAGCUGAAGUAAAUGAUUUUCUCUCGCAGAGAGUGUACAAGUAGUGGCAUAUUUGUUUUCAUGAAAUGGGUGGGACUUCAUGUAUUCCAUUGAAUUGAAAUGACAAAGUUUCUGUAAUUUAUUUAUUGUGUUAGGUUCUUGGUGGCUUCUGUUACAGGUAAUGUUUCGUAUACUUCACAUGCAUAUAGCAAGGUAGCUAUCACUUUGCCGCCCUCAUUUUGUAGAAUUUGACCUGUUAUAUGUAAAUCUAGACACUGCUUUGAAAUAAAUGCUUAAGUUACAUGAUUACAAGGUUUA